CUCCUCCUCCUCCUCCUCCUCCAGGUCCUGGCGGCCAACGACGUUCACCGCGUUCAGCUGGCAGAACAUGGGCCGCGAGAAGGGGACGGGUCCGAGGACCAAGGGCCGUCGCUUCUUGCUGUCCUUGGAAUUCCAGGCGCUGAUGACCGUCGCCGUUCUUGUAGAUCUGGGCGCGUUCGUAGUCGAACAAGUCAGGGCAAGGAGAGGUCAAGCGGUCUCGACUUGGCCCCUGCAAAUCCACAUGAGCACUCUGGCCGUGCUUUCCCUGGAGAUGAUUGGCAAUGUGAUCUGCUCUGGUCUGCGAGGCUUCGUCCGAGACCGGUGGAACGUCUUCGAUUUGAUCAUGUUGGCCCUGUGUGCCGCGCUGAUCGGCGGGCCAGCUCCUCCUCUCUGCGGCGGACUCGUCGCAGCCAGGAUGACCAGGUUUGCCGAGGGCAUGUUGCUCACGCUUCGGGUCUUCCUUCGCCUGAGGCCGCUGACGCAGGCGGCCAGGAACAAGGUGACGAACGGCAAGAUGAGGUACGUCGACGUGGAGAACAACUUUGACCUGGACCUCACCUACAUCGACCGCCACCUGAUCGCCAUGGCAGUGCCAGCCGGUGGAUCCCCCAGCGUGGGCAUGCUCGUGCGGAACAGCUUGAGCGAGGUGGCCCGCUUCUUCGAGGCGAACCACCACGGCCACUUCAGGGUCUACAACGCCUGCCCCGAGCUGCCGUACCCCGAGGCGCCGCUCCGCCGAGCCGGAGGCAGCACGCUGUGCCUGCAGGUCCAGGACCACAGCCCGCCCCGCAUGGAGCAGCUCCUCGAGUUCCUCGCCGACGCGCGCAGGUUUCGCAGCGAGUCCCAGGACAACGUCGUGGUGGUGCACUGCAUGGCGGGCAAGGGACGCACGGGCACCCUCUGCUGCGCCUGGCUGCUCUACCUCCGGAGGCAGGCGACGGUGGAGCAGGCCCUCGAGUUCUUCGCGCGGAGGAGGACAGACACGCGCUUUGGAGGCAGGCUGCGCGGCGUCGAGACGCCGUCGCAGGUCAGGUACGUGACCCAGGCGUUCGGGGAGGAGGUCAUGACAGAGACAUCGGCUCUCGGAGGUCCGCGCGGACUUCCCUGGGUCGGCGCUGCGCCCCCCUCCCUGGUGGGUGGAGCACGCCAGGGGCGGCGCCGGAGGCGCCGCCAGGAGGUCCAGCGCCGAUCCGAGAAGUCGGCGGGGACCUCCGACAAGGUGAUGUUUACGGCAUUGUUUUUUUUCCUGCAGGUGUUCCAGCAUCUGCAGAGGACGGAUUCGUGGUUUGACAGCCCAUGGCUGCCGCCACCGGUCCCCACCCCGACAGCCAUCUUGCACAAUCUCAGCAUCGAUGGGCAUUUCUUCGCGCACCCGGAGAAGAUAAAGGGCUUGCGCGUACUGGUUCAGUGUUUCGACGGGUGCAGCAGUUUGACGGAUCCAUUGCUUGAGACUGCGUCCUUCGCUCCCAGCGAUUUGAGAGUGACGCUGGACGACGUCGUUGUGAAGGGAGACGUCCGCAUCUCGCUGUUCGACGACGAGGGGAAGGACUUCAAGUCGCGUGAGAUCAUGUUUGCGGCGCGCGAGAAUUUCAUAGAUGGUGCCAGGGGGCUCCUGGCGUCCUUCUGUUUCCACACCGCGUUCAUGCACGGCAGCGCUGCAGCGCCGCCGAGCUCCGAUCCGCCCGGCGGGCGCACGCUCCGGAUCGACGCCUCGCAGCUGGACAAGGCCCACAAGACGGUCAGGACCGAGACGCGCGACGGGCGCUUCAGCAGGGGCGCCGGGGUGGACCUCGGCUUCUCUGGCGGCCACGUGGCCCCCCACGGGGCCGGCGCGCGCGACGUCGCACCCGCGGAGAGAGGGGCCGCCUGCGGUCCGCGGGCCAGCGCGCCGGGGGGCUCCGGCGGCACUCUGAGGGCGCCUCUGCUGCCCGAGGCCGCCGAG